GCCUUUGAAUCUUUACAUUGAGUUAUCUGCAAGAGCUGAAGCCAACUGGUUCAUAUACGAAAUGCCACCAAACAGUGAAUCUUUCAAUCAGGAUGAGCUGGAUGCGCCCUCAUGGCUGGACUGGCAGUACUUUAAAGAGGUGUUAAGUGCCCAUGAAAAUGAUGAAGAGCUGGAGAUAAUUGAUGUGAACAUCUCACCCGCCACUGGCAAGGGUGAUCAUUAUGCAAGCGUCAUGUUCAGAGCUGGCGUGGAGUAUAAGAGCAAAAAUGGAAAAUCUUUCAAGUCGCUGAUUAUUAAGACCAUGCCCGAAAAGGAGGGACACAAAAAGGAACUGCUGGGCGAUUCACAUAUCUUUGAGACAGAGAUAAGCAUGUACUCGGAAAUAUUGCCAAAGUUUGAGGAAAUACUCCGACAAGCUGGGGAUGAGACGACCCUGCACGUACCCUGCAUCUACCACAGUUUAAAGCCACGACAGGUGAUGAUCUUUGAAGAUCUGUUGCCGCAGGGCUACAUCGUGCUUCGGGAUCGGGAGCCAACUUGUGAGGAGAUUCGUAGUGCAUAUUGUAAGCUAGCCAAAUGGCAUGCUGUGAGCUAUAAAUGGUACAAAGAGAAGCCAGAGCUGCUGAAGAAAUUCAAAUACAGUUUGUUCGAGCUUCCAAAAAUCGAAAAAGAUGACUUCGUGUUGAAUGGCAUUGAUCAUUUCAUCAAUAUGUUGGAUUCAGUGCCAGACCUUACAGUCUAUAAGCAGUACUUUGAGAAAAUGCGUCCCGUCUAUAUGAAACGCUGCAGGGAAGCCUAUAUGGAGCAUCGACAGAAUCCCCAAGAAAAUGCUUAUUACGUACUAUGUCACGGUGACUUUCAUCUCAGGAAUUUGAUGUUUAAGUACAACAAAAGAAGCGGAGCAUUGGAGGACUGUAUGCUAUUGGACUUUCAGAUGAGCAAUGUGGGUCCCAUGCCCAAUGAUAUUAUUUACUCAAUCUAUCAGAUGCUGUCUCCAGAACAACGACAUAACCAUCGGGAUGAGUUAAUUUACUUUUACUUCUCUACUUUUACGGAAACUUUGAAGAAAUUAAAUUAUGACGGCGAAUUACCCAGUUUAUGCGAGUUUCGGCAGCAGCUAUUCCGACACAAGUUUUUUGAAUUCUUUUUGCUUACAACACUUUUGCCUGUGAUAAAUGCAACGAAGAGUGGAAAUGUUGAGAUUUCUGAAGUGAUUGAAAAUCGAGAACUAAGGGCAACCCUCUACCUGAAUGAAGAUUAUCUAGAGGAUGUUAGGUGUAAUCUGAAACGCUACUUGCAUCUGGGAUACUUUGAGGAGCUGGAGUAAUAAGAAACAAAUUAUAAUAAAUGUAUACUACAUACUGUUAUGAAAAUAAAAUAAAGCGCUGCUCUUAUUAUUA